AUGGUCGCGCUUUCUCUUUUAUUCCUUACGGCUCUUCCUGCGUUCGCUUUCACUAGCCCAGUCGAGCGAGACUCGAACGACACUUCCGUUACGGUUGCGGAAGCCGAGGCGAGCGCCUUGACGGGCGCCUCGGCCGCUACCGAGUCGUCUGCCGUCUCUACCGCGCAGUCCAACAAGAUCCAGCUUAAGGGCAACACCCUCUGUCUUGAAACCAUGGACAGCAGCGAGGUGUACAUUAAGCCCUGCGGCGACGGCGCGGCACAGAAGUGGAUCUGGGAGGCGGCUGGCGAUAAGGGCGGGGUGCCGCAUUUCACGAUCAAGAGCGAGGUUGAAGGCGUGUGCCUGUCCAAGGAACCUGUUUCCGUCCAACAAGAUCCAGCCAAGGGCAACACCCUCUGUCUUGAAACCAUGGACAGCAGCGAGGUGUACAUUAAGCCCUGCGGCGACGGCGCGGCACAGAAGUGGAUCUGGGAGGCGGCUGGCGAUAAGGGCGGGGUGCCGCAUUUCACGAUCAAGAGCGAGGUUGAAGGCGUGUGCCUGUCCAAGGAACCUGUUUCCGGCCGCCCCGACUACAUCUCCACCCGUCUGCGUGCCGUGCUUGAGUCGUGUGGAACCGCUUACACCUGGGGCUGGUAUGGCGAUCGCCUCUGCAUUCGGGAUUGGUACUGCCUGGGCGUCGACGCCUCAACCCCUAGAGACGGCUCCGGUCUCCGCUUUUACGGAAAUGCCCAGUGGACUGCGUCCGCGUAG